GUGCCUGGUUAUGCAUUUUAAAUGUCCCCGCAGGUUGCACAGGCUAUAUCUGUAUGAAGAUGGUAUUUUUUUUCCCCCUCUCAGAUUUUUCUCGACUUUCUGUAUAUCAGCAUAUAGAUGUUUAACGAUCGUUUUGAGUCACGACAACAGCGUGAUUUAUGAAAAAUAGUCGAAAAUACGGCUACGUUUUUGCCAAUUUUUCAUUUUUUACCUCAUAAAGAAGUGGCAGGGUUUAUUCAGGCUGUUAGUCGCAGGACAGUAACCGGGUGAAGCAGACGGAUCAAUCUGACUGGAAUUAAAUCAGCAAACAUGGAAGAUACCGUCAACACGAGAGCCGGAGCUCCGACAGACCAAACGCGCCAACAUCAGGAGGAAUGGAAAGAGCUCGCCUGAGGAUUCGUGACACAUUUACUCUUGCUCUGGAUUAACAGAUUUGCAGUUGUAAGGAUUACACCCGGAUACCUACUUCUUUCAGCAUGUUUGCACGUUUGCCCACUACAAGAAUGAUCCUUCAGAUUCUCACUUUGAUUUGGGGAGUUUCACUCGUCAUUUGUCAGCAAGCACAAUACACCACCGUCACCACGAACUACGGGAAGCUGCGUGGAUUGAGGGUGGCGUUGCCCAGUGAGAUCUUGGGCCCCGUGGAGCAAUAUCUGGGCGUACCUUAUGCGAUGCCCCCUACUGGAGAACGCAGGUUUCAGGCCCCCGAGCCGCCCUCGUCGUGGCCGGGCAUCAGGAACGCCACACAGUUCGCUCCGGUGUGUCCGCAGUACCUGGAGGACCGACUGCUGCUCACUGACAUGUUGCCGGUGUGGUUUACCGCCAACCUGGACACGGUGGCAACAUACGUGCACGACCAGAGCGAAGACUGUCUGUACCUCAAUAUCUACGUGCCCACAGAGGAAGACACGCAUGAUGACACGGGUUUGAAGCCGGUCAUGGUUUACAUUCACGGCGGGUCGUACGUUGAGGGCACAGGGAACAUGAUCGAUGGCAGUAUCCUCGCCAGCUACGGCAAUGUGAUCGUCGUCACAGUCAACUACAGGUUAGGAGUUUUAGGUUUCCUCAGCACUGGAGAUCAGGCUGCAAAAGGGAAUUACGGCCUGCUGGAUCAGAUCCAGGCUCUGCGCUGGGUGAAGGAGAAUAUUCAGGCUUUCAAUGGAGAUCCAGAGCGAGUAACUAUAUUUGGCUCUGGAGCAGGAGCCUCGUGUGUCAGUCUGCUGACCCUCUCACACUAUUCUGAAGAUCUGUUUCAGAAAGCAAUCAUUCAGAGCGGCACAGCUCUCUCCAGCUGGGCCGUCAACUACCAGCCGGCCAAAUACACACGCAUGCUGGCCGAGAAGGUCGGAUGCAACGAAGACGACACUGUCGAGCUGGUCGAAUGCCUCCAAAACAAAAACUACAAGGAGCUCAUCGAGCAGAACAUCACCCCUGCCAAAUACCACAUCGCCUUCGGACCCGUGAUCGACGGAGACGUCAUUCCGGAUGACCCCCAGAUCCUCAUGGAGCAAGGAGAGUUCCUGAACUACGACAUCAUGCUGGGAGUCAACCAGGGCGAGGGAUACAAGUUUGUGGACGGUAUCUUAGACAGCGAGGACAGAGUAACCGGCAACGACUUUGAGUUUGCGGUAUCAGAAUUUGUCGACCACUUGUACGGCUACCCGGAAGGAAAAGACACCCUGCGGGAAACCAUAAAGUUCAUGUACACGGACUGGGCGGACAGGGAAAACCCGGAGAUGCGGCGGAAAACGCUGGUCGCGCUUUUCACGGAUCACCAGUGGGUGGCGCCGGCCGUGGCUACAGCGGAUCUGCAUGCUCAGUACGGAUCACCGACGUACUUUUAUGCAUUUUACCACCAUUGCCAGAGCGAUAUGAAGCCUGCCUGGGCCGAUUCCGCACAUGGAGACGAACUUCCGUAUGUUUUCGGCAUUCCCAUGAUCGGACCCACAGAUCUAUUCAACUGCAACUUUUCCAAGAAUGACAUUAUGCUGAGCGCUGUGGUCAUGACGUACUGGACUAACUUUGCCAAAACUGGAGACCCAAAUCAACCAGUUCCUCAAGACACAAAAUUCAUCCACACUAAACCGAACCGCUUUGAGGAGGUGGCCUGGUCUAAGUACAACCCUAAAGACCAGCUGUACCUGCACAUCGGCCUGAAGCCUCGCGUUCGUGACCACUACAGAGCCACCAAGAUUGCCUUUUGGUUGGAGUUAGUGCCGCACUUGCACAACAUCAAUGAACUCUUCCAGUAUGUUUCAUCGACGACCAAAAUCCCACCGCAAGACACGACGCCCUUCUCCUACACCAAACGCUUGUCCAACAAACUCUGGCCUUCAACCACUCGCCAUCCUCCCGCUCCUCCGGCCAACACCAAACAAAUGUCGGAUCAGCAGAAGACAUCCGAGCACGCCGACGGGACGGUCAUCAUCGAGGCGCGAGAUUACUCCACCGAGCUGAGCGUGACGAUCGCAGUCGGUGCUUCGCUGCUCUUCCUGAACAUCCUGGCAUUUGCGGCGCUCUACUACAAAAAGGACAAACACCGGCUGGAAUCAAGUCGCCGGCUCAGUCCUCCGAGAAACCUCGCAAACGACGUUCCCCGCGUGCCGAGCGAGGAGCUGAUGUCCCUGCAGAUGAAACAGCUCGACCACGAUCACGACUGCGAUUCGCUGCAGGGCCACGACAUGAUCCGCCUGACCUGUCCACCCGAUUACGCGCUCACGCUGCGCCGAUCGCCCGACGACGUGCCGCUCAUGGCGCCGAACACCAUCACGAUGAUUCCCAGCUCUUUUGCGGGAAUGCAGCCGUCGUAUCACAACCCCUUUAACGCGUUCGGAAACAGCACUCCGAGCAGCACAGGUCUCCCUCACGGACACUCCACGACGCGAGUAUAACUAGUUGACAGACUCUUUAGAUGCGCACCCAAACACUGAGGGUGUUAUUUUGUUACGGACUCUUUUAUGAAUUAAGUAACGUUACACUUAUUAACCUGUAUAAUGUGAUCAGUGAAUGUAAUCAUUUUUCGCAUUCAUGGUACAGCGACCGAAGCACUCAAAAAAUACAAUUACGUAAAUUAAGAAGUAUUAUUUGCAUCCUGAUUUCCUGAUUAACGUGUGAGACGAUUUAUCGUUCAGACUCUCAAAUUCGCUUUUGCGCGUAUAAUUGCAGCACAAACACCUGCAUCUUAAAGGGAUAGUUCACCCAAAAUGAAAAUUAACCCAUGAUUUACUCACCCUCAAGCCAUCCUAGGUGUAUAUGACUAUCUUUUUCAGAUGAACACAGUCGGAGUUAUAUUAAAAUA